ACUCACGCUUAGAAAUCGAAUGGACUGUGCACAAUAGUAUCGGCACAGUUUUGCUAUUUGAAUUCGGCAAUAGCGGCAAAAAGCAACUGAAAGUCAAACCCUAUCAAUUAUGGUUCAACUAUCACGGCGCGGUGGCACAAUCCUAUAUGAUUCGCGUGAAUGUGGACGAGCACCAAGGCGGCACAGUGUGUUACAUCUUCGUUAUGUCGAAGCCAGUUUCGGCACUCAUUUUUGGUGGAAACACACGUGAAGUUGGCGUUCGUCAGUCUUUCUUCUUGGAUGGCUCUCAAAGUCGUGAUUUUGCACUGUCACCGUUGGUCGAGCAAACGAUGCAUUUCAAGUGGAGUUGUACUUCAGCUGACGACAGUUCCAAUAGCUACUGCCACGAAGAUAUGGGAACAGCCAGCAAAUUGAAUAUUCCUGCUGGAGUGCUACAGCUUGGCAAGUCCUACACAUUUAAAUUCCAAGUAAACUCAUACGUCAGCAAAAUGUCGCGCGAUGUUGCAAGGCAAACCAUUCAAAUAACAAAUGAACCCAGGCAUUACGUCUUCAUUGAAUGUGUACGAAAUUGCGCUAUGGCGAAAUAUGCGGCCGGUCGGAAGAUACAUCUGCUCAUGCGAUGCCCCACUUGCGGCGCGCAACCCACCAUCACAUGGACAGUUAGUAGCGGUGGCAGCUUCCCUAGCAAUGCGCGUCGUAUCGGCUUUAUGCCACCUGCCAGUGGCGAUAUUACAGUUGAAGCGUCCACUGCCAGCGACUCGAUGAGCGGUAAAUGUAAAAUAACGCUAUCCUUGAAUGAGCCACCCAACGGUGGACAGUGCAGCAUAGAACCCAGCAGUGGCGUUGAGUAUGAAACGGAAUUCCAUAUAAC